CAGCCAUAAGUUCGACUUUAAAGGAAGUGAAAGAAAUUAGGAUUCUUCUGCUGGGUAAAGAUGUGUCAACAAACAGUCGAGUGGGAAACUUCAUGUUGGGAAGAUCAGCGUUUGAUAGUGAAGCUCCUCCAGAUGAUCAUCAGAUUGAGAGAGUCAGAGGAAAAGACAUGAUGAUCAUCAACUGUCCUCAUCUGCUCCAGCUGAACCUCUCAUAUCAUCAGAUCAUACAGACAGUGAGAGAGUGUGUGGAUCUGUCUCAUCCAGGACCUCAUCUCAUCCUUCUCAUACUACAACAUCAUGACUUCAGUGAGGACGACAAACAGAGAGUCAAGUUUGUGCUGAAGUGCUUCAGUGAUCAAGCGAUGAAACACACAAUACUGCUGACCACUGGUGAAGAUAAACCAACAGCUGUCAUUCAUGAGUUAACUACAGAGUGUGGAGGACAUCUUCAUCUGGACAGUGACACUGAGGGAUGGUCCUCUAAAAUAUCCCACAGCCUGGAGAAGAUAGUCAAAGAACACCAUGAUGAAUAUCUCAGAUGUAAGAAAGUUGAUGAUACAGAAGAAGGAUCAUCGGUGGAUGAAGAGUCGAGCAGAUCAUUCAGAUCAGAGGAAGAAUCUGAUGUAGAGGAAGAAAAACACAGAGACACUCAGACAGAGAAAAAGGAAACAAAAAGUCGUCUACGCAAUUUACCGAUAUUAAGGCGCUACUGGAGUACUACAGAGCAAAGUCCAGAUCAUGAUCGACAAAACAGAGGUGUACCAGUCAUCAGCAAAGAGAAGCUGAAUUUGGUGCUGUGUGGAAGUGAUGAAUCACUGAAGACCUUUGUAUUAGAACUUAUAAGAGAAAAAAGCAAAAGUCUUUCUGUUUCACAUGAGAGAGAGCUGGAGGUGUGUGGACGUCUGAUCAAUCUGAUGGAGCUUCCAGCUCUGACUCAACUCUCUGAAGAUGAAGUGAUGCUUCAGACUCAUCACUGUUUGUCUCUGUGUGAUCCUGGAGUUCAUGUGUUUCUCCUCAUUCUUCCAAAUGCUCCACUCACUGAUGAAGAUAAAGCAGAAAUGAAGAAGAUCCACAGAGUAUUCAGCUCAAGAAUCAACAAACAUCUCAUCACUGUCAUAAUUAAGAUUAAGCGUAAAUGGUUAAGUAAAAUCAGUAUGUUCCCUUCUUCAGCUACUCAAACAGUAUCUCAAGAGUUUGAAGGUCAUCAUUUUGUUUUAGAGAAUAAGUCUCAGAUACCAUCACUUCUUCAGGAUGUGGAGCGUACGGUCCAGGAGAACAGCGGAGGAUCUUACACAACCUUCAUGUUUCUGCAGGCUCAAAUAGAAGUGGAGAGAAACAAACACAGAGAUGAAAUAGAGGAACUGAGAAAAACUGUCAUGAGAACACAGAGAACAGCAGCAGCAGGUGUAUCACACAGUGAAGAUGAUGAUCUGAGGAUUGUGUUGUUGGGAAAGACUGGUGUUGGGAAAAGUGCCACAGGAAACACAAUACUGAGAAGAGAUGCUUUUAAAUCAUUACUUACAGCAGGUUCAGUGACCAGACAGUGUCAGAAAGAAACAUCUGAAAUCAAGAGAAGAAAGAUCACUGUCAUUGAUACUCCAGGACUGUUUGAUACCGAAGUUGAUAAUGUUGACAGCAGGAAGGAGAUUGUAAAGUGCAUCUCAAUGGCAGCUCCUGGACCACACGCGUUUCUUCUGGUGCUUCAACUGGGACGAUUCACUCAAGAGGAGAAAGAUGCGGUGAAGAUGAUCCAGGAGAGUUUCGGAGAAAAAUCCAGUAUGUACACAAUGCUAUUGUUCACCAGAGGAGAUGAUCUUAAAGGAACAACCAUUGAGGACUUUCUUAAAAGUAAUGAUAGCUUACAGACCAUCAUCAGACAGUGUGGAAACAGAUAUCAAGUGUUCAAUAACAAUGAGACUAAAGAUCAUACACAAGUUAAUGACCUGAUAGACAAGAUCGGCUGUAUGAUGGCAGUAAAUGGAGGCAGUUACUACAGCAAUGAGAUGUUCCAGCUGGUGGAGAAGAACAUUAGAGAGGAACAAGAGAGAAUAAUGAAAGAGAAAGAAGAAGAGAUCAAGAGAAGAGAGGAAGAUCUAAAAGCCAAAUAUGAAGCAGAAUCAGAAAAACUAAAGAAAGAGAAUGAGAGAGAAAGAGAAGAGAUGCAGAAUGAACUGCGAAGAAGAGAAGAAGAGUUUAAGAUGAGAAAAGAGGAGAUCAAGAAAGAAACUGACGAGAAUCUACAAAAAGAGCUGCAGAGUAAACUGAGCGAGCAGCAAAAAGAAUUUGAAGAAGAGAUCAAAAGGAAAGAAAAGACUUUACAUGAACAACAAGUCAACUUUAUUAAAUACCUGGAGGAGAAACAUGAGAGAGACAAACAAAAUCUCCAAAAGAGAAUUCAAAGAGAAACAAGAGAACAAGCAGAACGUGAAUAUCUUCAAAAACUUGAUGAAGAAGUGGCUAAAGCCUUACAAAAAGCUGAAGAGAAACUCUCCAGUCGAUCAAAGAGAGCUCGUGAUUGGAGUCAUCAUGGAAGUUUUGUUGGAGGAGCUGCUGGAGGUUUUUAUGGUACAGGUGAAGAUCUCGUUCACUGGAUUAUCAGCAAAUGUUUAAAUCGUCAUGAUCAUCAGAACAUAGAGCAGAAUCCUGUAGUAAAGAUGAAGAAUCAUCCUGGUUCCUGCGUUCUUUUGUAUGAAGAUGGACGUGAUAAAGCUGUUUGUUUUACCCCUCCAUUAAAACCAGCUCAUCCAAUCACAGCAGAGGUCAAAGGUGACAGUGUGGUCCUGAAGGUUCCUUCAUCAUGUCCUAAUACAGUAGAGCUCAGAUUACUGUACAGAAUAAUGAAUGAGACUGACUGGAGAUCUCAAUCUGUACUGAAGGAUCAGGAGACUGUUACUCUGACUGAUCUGAGAUCAGACACUAAAUAUGAGGUUAAAUGUGCAGCAGUGGGAAAACUCAACUACACUGUUGAAUCUGAUGUAAUUCACAUCAAAGUCACAGACAAAAAGCUCAUGGAAGCAACAGAUUCUGUUAUUCAAAAUCUGUGUUUGACUGAAAACAAAUGCAGUAAACUUUUGGAAGAAUCCAGGACAACAACAUUUAAUGCAUUUCACAAGAAAAUUCAACAUAUGAAACAAAACUGUGAAACCUACAGACAAGAGUUCAGCGACAGGAUUCAGUCAGUUCAAGUGUGUGAAGAACGGACGUGUACUUUGAGUGAUAUUUUAAAAGCUCGUGAGGAAUCUCCAUUUAAAGAGCAAGAUCUGUUCAAGUGGAUCACAGAGAAAGAAGAAGAAUUAAAUACAGUUGGUGAGUUUCUUCAACAGUGUCUGGACUUUGGAGCUGAAGCGAGUAAACGUUUGGAGACAGUUUUGUCAGAUAUUAAGGUGAAGAACAUGGUUUGCUACACAUUCACUUCUCUUGAACAGCAGGAUUCGCUGCUUUCUGGACAAGACAAUUACCUGAAAUCUCAAAAACUGAGGAUGAAUUUAAACAAGACGCUUUGUGAAUGGACUGGAACAUGGCUCACUGGAAAGAUCAGGAAGAAAAUGAGAGAACAUUUAAAAUUUUUCAAAGAGCUGAUGAUGUCACAUGACACUGAAUCCACAAAAUUUAUGAUUUUCUCCAAAGACCACCAAAAUCAUCCUGGUUCCUGUGUUCUUCUGUAUGAAGAUGGAUGUGAUGAAGCUGUUUGCCUUACUCCUCCAUUAAAACCAGCUCAUCCAAUCACAGCAGGGGUCAAAGGUGACAGUGUGGUCCUGAAGGUUCCUUCAUCAUGUCCUAAUACAGUAGAGCUCAGAUUAAUGUACAAAAUAAUGAACGAGCCCGACUGGAGAUCUCAAUCGGUACUGAAGGAUCAGGAGACUGUUACUUUGACUGAUCUGAGAUCAGAUACUCAAUAUGAGAUUAAAUGUGCAGCAGUGGGGAAGCUCAACUACACUGUGGACAGUGAUGUCAUAAGAGUCAAAACUGAGGGAUGUCCAACGAUGAGAACAGGUGAUGGUCACAAUUCAUCAGACUGUUUGAGAAUUGUUUUGCUCGGGAAGUCAGGAAGUGGAAAGAGUGCAACAGGAAACACAAUACUGGGAAGAAAAGAGUUUCAGAGUAUAUUUGGAGUAGAAUCAGUGACGACAGUUUGUAAGCGAGGAGAUUGUGAAGUUGAUGGUCGAUCAGUAGCUGUUGUUAAUACUCCAGGUCUGUUUCAUUCAAGAAUGUCAAAUGAAGAAUUACAAGAAGAAAUCAUAAAAUGUGUUUCACUGUCAGCUCCUGGACCUCACGCCUUCAUCAUUGUGUUGAGUUUGGGUAGAUUCACUCAGGAGGAGUCAGAGACUGUAGAUCUAAUGAAAAAGAUCUUUGGUCCUAAAGUUAUACAGUUCAGCAUCAUUCUGUUCACAAGAGGAGAUGAUCUUGAGGAUCAUUCUAUAGAGGAUUAUGUGAAGAACCACUGUGCUGGACUGAAGAAACUGAUCAGAGACUGUGGAGACAGAUACCUGGCCUUUAAUAACAGAGAAACACAAGACAGAACUCAAGUGACUAAACUGAUAAAAAUGAUAGAAGAGAUGAAAACAAAUCAGGGCAGAUGUUUCACUAACAGCAUGUUUGAGGAAGCAGAGAUGAGCAUUCAAAAGAGAAUAGAGAAAAUACUGAAAGAAAAAGAGAGAGAAAUUCAAGCACAAAUGGAGAAAUUUCAAGUCAAAUAUGAAACAGAAAUGGAAAACAUGAAGAAGAGAUUAGACAAAGAGCUAGGCAGAAGAGAAAAAAAAUAAACUGGGAAUUACAGUUUUUUUCAACUGCUUACACACAUUUACCAAAGUUUUCCUCUUUUUUUUCAAAACUUAACACACAAAUUCAAGAAUUGCACACCCAAGAUGCUAAAUGCCUCAUGUCUCUUUCAAAAUGAAACACCACAGUCAAAAUAUCACAAACAUAUUUCAAAAGCAAACAUUUGUCUUACAUUGUAAACACCUUUACCCUAAAGUUAUAUUUAUGAAUUUGUGAUAUAAACACUGUUUUUCAAAACCCAUAGCUCUUUUUUCUAAAAGCUUGCAUAUACAUGAUUGAAUGUAAUUGGGAGAGAGCUGUAGAAUAUAUACAGUAUACUCUAUAGAAACAAACGGUGCUAUAUAGCACCAAAAGGGGUUCUUUGCUCGUAAUCAGAACCGUUAUUACAGUUUUUUACGAUUGCUAUGACAGAUUUUUCAAUACUUUUAACAAGUUUCCAAAACUCUUAACACAGUUAGCACUACAUCCGCCUGUGUAUGCUAUACUAUUAACACUUUUCUUGCUGCUUUAACACAAAAUUCAUAUAAUUAACACAAAUUUAAAAUGCUUGAGCUUCUUUUACAUACAAGCUCAAACAAGACCAAAACAAUAGAUUUUUAAUGUCAAAUUUACGAAUGCUUUCACACAGCAUGUCAAAACAGAUAACAUCAUGUGCUAAACCUCACUUAUAGUCAAAGUAAACAGCUGUUUAUAUCAUGAAUUGAAACAUAAAUAUAUACUCUGUAUUUUAUUCCAUUGGCAUAGAAAAACAACUUAUUGUACCAAUGCAAAUAUAAAUCACAGCUGAUUCCCACCUAGGAAACACACUCAGGUUCUUUCAAUUGCAUGACCAUAUGGUAUACAAUAGAGUAAAGGAGAACCUCUUUAGGUCGAUCUUGUGUGGAAAGGGAACAAUAUGAGCGACACAAAAAAUAAGAUAUAUGUCUGCAAGAGUCAGCGGAAGACCACCAGGACAAGGGAGAGGUUUUCCUCCAGUCCCACCUGGAUGCAAUAGAUGGUGCAUUCAUCACACCUGAACACUGUCAGGGGUGGAAAAGACAUGGCAAAGAUUCCCCACAAGAUGCCUUGACAGAGAAGACAUCAGGUGUGAUGUGAAUGAGAACAUGUGGCCAAAUAGAAACGCAAUAGAUUAGAUGAUGGGAUUUUCAUUUUUACUUUAUUUUUCAGUGGCAUUUUCUGUUUGUAUUUGUUGUCUCUUCAUAUUCUGCACCGCUGUUGAGUUUCUCCAAGGUGAUUUUUGCCUGUCAUUCUUCUUUCUGACUUUUACAGGAGCAAUAUCAUUGAUUGCACUCUUAAUGCUUGGAAAAUGUAACUAACUAAGUAUUGUCCACCUCUGCUAUCAAGUCAACUAAAUUCAAUUUAAGAUGAUGAUAGUCAGCAAUUUUGUUGAAUGUUUGCCACUCAACAGGGCGAGCUCCUGCGUGGUCAGUGACGUCAAUGCAUACCCUUUAUAAGGAUAACCCCUAACUCAAAACUUAUGUGAAUGCCAACAGAAACAAUCAGUCAUGUCAGAGAAUGUUGAUGCAUGUGUUAAUGAAACAAGACAAAGUAAUGUUUGAAUUUUCUUUUUUAAUAUUCUUAAUCUCACAAAUCUCUUGUUCAUGUAUUUAUCUUGUUCUCUUCUUUAUUAUUUAGAGUUUAUUGUAGCUCGUGUUUUUGUUGCAUAUAAAUACAAAAGAAUGAUCAUUUUGUUUCUGUGUUUUAAUCGUAAAUUAACUUUACAGUAUACAGCUUGUGUAUUGUUGGCUGCUUGGUAACAGAUGUAUUGAGUAUUGAAAAUGAUAGAUUCCCUAACUAUAAGAAAGAUAUGAAUCCUAAACCACAUUUAAGAUUUCUGUAAUGUGAAUUUGCUAAAUGUCCUCAUUAUACAAAUCUUAAAAUCUCACUAGAGUCUAUAGUUUAUAUCCCUCAUCUUUAUCAUUAAAAUGACAACGUGAACAAUUUC